ACAGAUCUUUACUGGAGCAGGACGGGGGCAGAACGCUGCGGUUACCUACGGAUAUGCAGCCUCGGCCUUGUUUCUAUGGAACCUUGCUGAAAGGUUGCCUUUAAUGGGCAAGCUACGUAAACAGAAAUGGUACCGUAUAUAUGUCUUUAAACGAUGGGCACCUUCGAUAGAUCACUAGCAGAAAUAGUUUGGUGCUUCUGUUUUUCAUCACUGGUUAUUUGGACAAAUCACGACUUCGCAGCUGUUCGCGUCAUUCAAAUUUCGGAAGCGGAGGGGACAUUCGGUCCAUGGACUUGCCCGUAACUUUGAAACGGAGAGAGUGGAGCUCAAACUUAAAACUUGUUACUGCAUUAAUUUUGUUACGCACUUCUACAAUGUAUCAACAAUAGGCUACAUUAUGCAUCGCGAUUCUUGACGUAGGCGCUUCUUCAUGUGACCUGUUUUACCGAUAGUUCUCAUGGACUUCUCGUGAAUUUAGUCUAAUGUAGUAGGCAGUAAACGGGUUUUAAAUCAACAUUCUUAAAUCAACAAACAAAUCAUAAGACGCAACAUGGCUUUUUCCAUUCCUAUGGUUAUAGUUACACUGUUUUGGGGAUUUGUUGGAGGGGUGGUACCAUGGUUUAUUCCGAAGGGACCAAACAGAGGGGUCGUCAUUACCAUGCUAGUAUUGACUGCAGUUUGCUGCUACUUGUUCUGGUUGAUAGCCAUUCUCUCCCAGCUGAAUCCACUGUUUGGACCUGCUUUGAGUAAUGACACUAUUUGGUAUCUGCAAUUCCACUGGCGCUGACUCUGCCCUCAAUGACUGAGAAAGGCCCAGGAGGACCAAGGACAAAGGCAUCAUAAACCUAUCCAUUUAGCUUUUUUUUAACUUUAUAUCUGACUCUUGGUUUACCUAAGAUAAUGGUAAUAAAUAUACUGAAAUAGCUUGCAAGAUAGAAUUCAUGAUAGCCUGUAAAAUGGUCACCAACAUCUAGGGAAGCUAUAUCUAUGUAGGAAUUUGAAAAUGAGGGGGCAAGUGGUUGAGAUACACAAAGCACAUCGAGUUAAAGUGAUUGUUUUAUUUCUUA